GUUGCAGGAGAGGAGGGGAGGGGUGUGGGAAUGGCUGGAAAUGUUUCAGCCAGAUAUUUGAGCAGCGAGCAGAAUCUUUGGUGCUUUCUGCGCUGUUGCUGAGAGAAAAUCCCUGUCUCGGCAUGGGCCAUUCACGCAGGGAAUGACAACGGUUCACGUGGUCGUUAUAUACUGGGAGAGCGUGAAGUGAAGGAGUCCGAUCGCCGCAGCAGGUGAGUGGGAGAGAGAGAGAGACGUGGAGAGGAAGGAGGCUUCGUUAUUCCAGCAAGAUCCCGAACAGAAGAAAGUGCCUUCUCUGACGACGUUCCUACUUGAAGCUGCUCGCCGCUCCCAUCCUACACUGUAAACAACGCUGGCUUGGCCUCCGAAAAGAUCUCAAUUCCUCAGACUUGCCAUAGCACAAGGAAACGACACGCUUUUUCCAUUCACAAACUUUAUUAGAUAUCGUUCCAAGGAGAGCCGUUGCCUUCAGAUAUUGCCAUCCACAGCCAUCGAGCUCAAGACCAUUUAGAGACCUGGAGCAUGUUCUUAUUGUCGCGCCGUUGUUGUGCACCUGAGACUAAAUGACUGAUGAAUGAGAUUGACAGCCUCACUGAUAGCCGCCAUCUCCCAUGCGACAGCCAGCGGGGGUCUGAAUGUGACGUCUCUAUUUAAAGGGCCUCGCCGACAAACCUCAAAACUAGACAUAAAAAACCCCCACAGAUAUACGUUUGCAGACUAUUUGAACCCGAAGCAACAAUCCCACAACCGACACCAUAGAGCCUGCAGGUUCUCAAACAGCUAUGGCUUUAAACAUCUCGUCGAUGCGAGACACGAAAUGGCUGACGCUCGAGGUGUGCCGGCAGUUUCAGAGAGGGACGUGCUCGCGCAGCGACGAGGAAUGCAAAUUCGCACACCCGCCCAAGAGCUGCCAGGUGGAGAACGGACGGGUGAUCGCCUGCUUCGACUCGCUGAAGGGUCGGUGUACGAGAGAAAACUGUAAGUACCUUCACCCCCCGGCGCAUCUGAAGACGCAGCUGGAAAUCAACGGACGCAACAACCUCAUCCAGCAGAAGACCGCAGCAGCGAUGCUGGCGCAGCAGAUGCAGUUCAUGAUCCCCGGCACCACCAUGCAACCAGUGCCUACAUUUCCUGUCAGCCAAGGUCUGGGCUCGAACCCUGGACUGAGUUACGCGCCGUAUCUGACUCCCAUGAGCCACGGCAUGGGUCUGGUCCACACAGAAAUGCUCCCCAGCACCCCUGUCAUCGUCCCCGGCAGCCCGCCGGUCAGCAUGCCGAGCUCAUCCUCCACGCAGAAGCUCCUGCGCACAGACAAACUCGAGGUGUGUCGCGAGUUUCAGCGGGGCAACUGCGCACGCGGCGAGACCGACUGCCGCUUUGCCCAUCCUAGCGACAGCCCGAUGAUCGACACGAGCGACAACACGGUCACCGUGUGCAUGGACUACAUUAAGAGCCGCUGCUCGCGCGAGAAGUGCAAGUACUUCCACCCUCCGGCGCACCUGCAGGCCAAGAUCAAAGCAGCCCAGCAUCAGGCCAACCAGACUGCCGUCGCAGCACAGGCCGCCGCUGCAGCCAUGACUCAGUCGACUGCCAAAGCAAUGAAGCGACCCCUCGAGGCAUCUGUAGAUCUGGCGUUUCCCCAUGGAGUCCUGCAGCCCCUACCAAAGAGACCGGCACUAGAAAAGAGUAACGGGGCCAGCAUGCUCUUCAACCCCAGUGUCUUGCACUACCAACAGGCUUUGGCCAGCGCACAGCUCCAGCAGCCCACCGCUGCGUUCUUUCCCACAGGGUCAGUUCUGUGCAUGGCUCCUGCUAGCAGCAUUGUACCCAUGAUGUACAGUGCUACGCCUGCUACUGUCUCUGCAGCAACAACUCCUGCCACAAGUGUCCCCUACGCAACAACAGCACCAGCCAAUCAGGUUUGCUCCUUUUAAAAGCUUUCUUUCAUGAAUCCCUGAGCUCUGAAUAAGCACUUUGCUACAAAUUCAUCCCGCGGUCGCCAUGGCGAUCGCACAAUCUCCCGGCAAAAUCUCGCACUUGCGCUCAGAUCGGUGCUUAUUCAGAGCUCGCACAUUGGCAAAUAGUAGUUGUGUUGUGUUGCAUUAUUUUCUCGUUUUGUUCUGCAUGUCCUUGCUUUGUUUUGAUGUCAAGAUAUCCUUCCUCAUCUACACACACACACACACCGGCUAAAAAUAGACACGCCUCCCUCCGUUCUAGUCUGAUUUCCAUGUACUCGGCUGCUCUGUGUCCGUCACGGGCUUCGGGAAAGCAGGCGGAAGGUAAUAUUAAUUAUAGAUUAUUUACUGUUUAACACUAUUAUUAAAUU